GCUGCUUCUUAUUCACUGUGGUCACACCGUUAACUGGGAAAAUGAAAAACACAAGAUAAAACGUGAAACCUUCUGGUAUUUCCGAAAUUCCGUGGCAAAAAACUUGUAUCUUGGUGAAAAGGAGCGACAGGCGAGAGCGAAAGGAUGCCGGGCAAGGUGGGGGUGAAGAUCAAGGCGGCGCGCAACUUGCCCGUGAUGGACAAGUCCAGUGAGACGACGGACGCUUUUGUGGAGAUCAAAUUGGCCUCGGUGACCCACAAGACGGAUGUGUUCCGCAAGAGUUUAAAUCCUACCUGGAACACCGAUUGGUUCCGUUUUGAGGUGGACGAUGCUGAACUGCAGGAUGAGCCGCUGCAAAUCCGUCUGAUGGACUACGAUACGUACUCCGCCAACGAUGCCAUCGGAAAGGUCAACAUCAGCCUGAAUCCCUUGUGCUUGGAGAGCUCUAGUCAGGCGGUGCACGGCAAGGGCACCGUGCUCUCCGGCUGGAUUCCGGUCUUCGACACAAUGCACGGCAUCCGCGGCGAGAUUAACGUGAUCGUCAAGGUGGACCUCUUCUCGGACGUCAAUAAGUUCCGCCAGAGCUCCUGCGGCAUACCAUUCUUCCACUCCCAAUGUGUGCCAUUUGGCUACCGCGCCCAGGUGAUUCACGGUUUUGUCGAGGAACUGGUGGUUAACGACGAUCCGGAGUACCAGUGGAUAGACAAGAUACGCACACCGCGUGCUUCAAACGAGGCCCGACAGGUGGUAUUCCUCAAGUUGUCGGGCCAGGUGCAGAGGCGAAUGGGCCUGAAGGCUAUUAAUAUGGGUGCUAAUGCCGUCAUCGGUUAUACCCAGUGCUUCGAUCUGGAAGGCGAUGUAGGCGUGGUUGCCCGGGGCAUCGGAACAGCAGUUACACUAAUCAAGGACACCAGCUCCAGUCAGCCGAACAGCGCGGAUAUUGCCCUUAUCGAAGAAUUGACACAAAAGUAUCUAGACUUCCUCAACUGUGCGGGGGCGAGCAGCUCGAGUCUGCCGCUUUCCGGCCGCACGCCCCAAUACCGUCUCAAUAUAUACAGGGAGCCCAGCUCGUCGGCGCCUUCAACCGCAUCAGCGGCGGCAGCAGCAACGUUGUUUUACCUGGAGAGUGCCAGUAGCGACACGGAGGAUGCCGAACUUAUGCAGGAUCUUAUACGACAGGAGGACGAGCGCGGGGAUCGAAAUCGCGAGAAAAAGCUGCGUCACCGCAUGCGCCGCCUAACGCUCUCCUCGAGUAAGGUUUUCAGUCAGAAGUAUGCCACACUGAUACGUCGGAUUGAACCAAAGAUCCCGGAGAACGCUACCCAAUCGUUGAGCAGCAUUUUUGGAGGAGCCGCUGCAGCAACUUCAAGUUUUAAGCGCCGUCGCAAGUCCCGCUUCGCUGCUUCUACAUCCAAGUCUUCGGUUCCCCCGUUUAUUGUGCGCUCCAUCAGCAGCGAUGCUGGCGUUCGUCCUGGCCACGCGCCUGUCAAGAGCUUUCUCACGGUGCCCGGUUUGACGGAAUUUCAAGAGAACACACGUUCGGCACCUGAUUUGCCAGGAGACGAAUUUCAGGCCAAGACUCGGCCAACAUCUAAUUACUCCACAGAUUCAGAUGAGUCUCUACAGUUGGAUCUGGAAAUAGCUCCGCCCGAUAGCAAUGGGGAGGAGUCCCCAGAGGAGGAGGAGAAACUUCAGGAUAACUGGAUAAAGCCGGGUGAAACUCGUAGCUGUGAAAACAGCCAGCAGGAUCUGGGUCCCAGGCACCACAAUUUGCUCGAGGAUCUCAAGGGCUUCUCACGUCGUCUGCAGAAGCUGAUGCAUCUGAAGCCCAAGGAAAGCGACUUGGAGAAGAGCCAUAGGCUACCGUUUGUGCCCUCGCUGGAACGCAAAUCAUAUUACAGCUCACAGCCGGAAUUGCCUACCUGUCCCGAUGACUGCCUGGUAUCCAACCUUAGUGGAUCCUCCUCGAUGCUGCAAUUGAACUUUCUUCCCAGUUACGAGAAGACUAUGGAGCGCAGUGCCUCUCUGAAUCAUCUAGUUGCACCGGAAACUCCUGUACCACCCAACACGCUGCUGCUGAAGGCGCCCGAGCUGCGCGUUUGCCCCUCCACACCCACUCCCACCCAGUCCGAGUUAGUCACCUUCGAUUACAGUAACCCCCCUUGUCUCUCCCAACUAGAUAAAUCUGUAAAUAUAUCUAAUAGUACUAACCAUAGUAACCACAAUAAUGAAUCAUCAUUGCUUGCUCCAUUUGACAUUCGACAACAACAACAACCACGCGAACUUAGAUCCAGCACUGAACUCCAACAGCAGCAAGGUUCAGCGGGAAUAGCCGGAAGCACUGCGCCGUCCAAUAUACCCACUACCGUGGAGGGCAGCAGUCCAAAUCUAAAGCGUUUCGCCUCGCCAGUGAGCAAUAGUCGUCUCAAGCUGACGCCCAGUCCCUCGAAGAGCGGCAUCUCGGCGACAACGAACGCGGAUAGUGCCUCCACUUCCACAGCCUCGACGGCCACCACCAUGGUGCCGGUCACCGUCGGCGAGAUCUGCCGGAGAUCCUCCGACUCCGACUUGAGUGUCACUCCGAAAGGCAACUCUAUUUGUGUGGCCAGUGAGCGACUGGUGGCCGCCACGGCUAUGAUGCGUCUAACGCAGCCGGCGGUCGGAGCCAAACCUGGAACUGCUACUGAGAGUCUGGACAUGUUGGAGUACCCCUUUCUGACCAUGACAAAGUACCCGACUGGCUUCAUCCUUCAUCUGGGUGCUACGGUCGCGGCCCGAUCCGUGAAGCUUCUGGAGCGAGUGCCCAAUCCGGAUGAGCCAGAGGUACGCGACAGCUGGUGGACGGAGCUUCGUAUGGAGAUUCGAUCCCAUGCUCGUUCUUUGGGCUGCAACGUGGUGCUGGGUUAUGCGGAGACUACAACCAUAUCUGACGAUGUCUGUGUUUUAUCUGCCACUGGAACGGCGGCAGUGAUUAACAUGGUGUUUAAUAGAUCUGUAUCGCAGACCGAUAUCUUCACCAUGUCCAAGGCCACCGCAAGCGUCGCAGCCAUGACGAAUUCUGUAGAGGAGGGCAAUGGAAGCAGCGCCGGAGACACGAGCAUUGGCAAAGACAGCGGUUCUCUGGGGACUGGCAACAAUUCUGGGGGCAAGCGCUUCGGAUUGCCGCCGCUUAAUGGACCCCGGAAUGCCUGUGCCAUCUGCCACAUACCCUAUAACCUAAGCUCCGUGCCAUUUAACGUAAAGAUGAAGAAGUGCGCCGUGUGCCGCAAGGGACGAGUGCCGGACGUACUUCUGGCUACGCUGGAGGUGCCUGAAUUUAUGCAGGUCACCGGACGCGGUUGCUUUAUGCAGGCUCAAGUGGUGCGCGCCAAGAGGGAUUUGCGAGCCGAGCUAAAUGCCAAGGAGAUAUCGGAUGGACUGCCCUUCCUGGAGUACGAACUUCAUCGAGUACUGAUCAACAAGCUGAAGGCCAAGGGUAUGAAUGCCAUUUUCGGGCUUCGUACACAGGUGGCCAUAGGGGAGCGGAUGAUAGCUUUAAUAGCCACCGGAACAGCACUCUUUCUUACUGCCCUACCGGUGCCGCAGGUGCCGAAGAUUGUGGCCGGUAAUUCGUGGACCGACAAGCAAAAGCUGAAUGAGCUGCAAAAGAAGUUGCAAGAGACCUUCGAGCGCAACCAGGAGAUCUAUCAGCUGAAGAGCUUGGACCCAGAUCUGGUAGCCAAUGCAGGAGCUGCAGCGACAACCGGAGCCUCUGGGGAUAAACAGUCGGACACGGACGACUCUGACGAAGAAGAGAUGAACGAGAUCGAUUUAAACUGUGGCAACAAAGAGCUGUGCGUUUUGGAGGUCGACGAUAUCGAAGACUUGGAAAUCAUAUCGCUUUUAAUGGAGCCAUACCCGCCGGAGGGCUUCCAUGUGGUCAAUACACAGCAGGUGCCAGGGAUGCUGGAAAUGGACACUGUCAAGAACUUGCAGAUGUUUACCCAGGUGUGGCGCGCUCGUUUGGAAGUGGGCCAAAGUGUUAAUGGGUUUCCCAAACACUUUCAGAGACUGCUGCAGACCAUUUACUUUAAGCUGCGUACUAUGAUUCCCUGCGCCAUCUGCGAUCUUCGCUUCCGACUUGAUCUGCCUGAAACAGAUCAAAUUCAACUGCUAGUCACUGGCAUGGCCAUGGGUCUCACCGAUGCCAACAAAAUGAAGUACCGUGGACGUGGUCGUCAACAGCAGCAGCAACAACCACAACAGCAGAACGGAUUCCACGAUGCGUCCGUGCAUGCCACCCAAUCCCAGCCAGAAUUGAAUGGCAAGCGAAUGCUGCAGGAGGAGGACUACAUUUUUCCGCUGGAUGAAGAUCAAAUGGUGGACACACCAACGCCAACCAGCACUGCUAUCCCGCCGUUUGGGAUGAGCUCCUUUAAAAUGCGCAAAACAUCACCAUCACGUUUGAACAAUCUGGUCUCGGGAUUGCCAUCAACAGGAGUUAAGCCACUGAAUGUAGGUCUGGUUCCACGUAAUCGAUAUUUUCCUUUGCGGGAUCGCUACGGUGUGGAUUUAACGCCUCUUAGUUUUAUACCUGGCGGACGUAUAGAUAAAUAUUUGGGCAACCUGAACUUCUUCUUCAUCCGAGAAAGCACCUCGAUCCGGGAGAAUGGCGGCAUCAGCGGAUUUGUUCAUGGUUUCAUUACCGAGCUACUGGCUGUGGUAAGAGCCCACAUUGCUUCGCUGGGCGGAAACGCCAUGGUCUCAUUUUACAUCACAGAACUAAUGUUGUUCGAUAAUCAGCACAAGAAUCAGGGUCAGUGCCUGAUUAGCAUCGGUGGCGAUGCAGUCUAUGUGAGCUACCAUGCCGAUGACUGAUACAAAAACUUGCGGGGCAUAUAGCGCCUAUUCUACGCGAAUCGUCCCAAGAGCCUCUACUCUCUAUUUUCUUCCGCUUAGCUAGAACUGUCAGCUCUGCCCAGCAACUGGAGUUAAUCUAAUUCACGUUUACUUAACAACUUUACAGUUUCUGUAGUUGGAUUCUUUAUGCAAUAUUUUAACUGUGAGGCAUCGCUCUUAUCCUAACUUAGUAGUGUGAAUUUUUUCGGUCGUUACUUGUUUGCUUGAUGUUUUUAGCGUUAAACCAAUUGCAAUUUCUGUACAUAGUUGAUGUUUAUUGAAUAUUGAAUUUAGAACGAGUGCGAGACACAAGUCUACUAACGAUAUAUACAAUUGUUGCAACCACAAACAUGACACAGAUAUAUACUCGUACUCCUUAGAUAUCCAAUUUUGCCGUGUAAAAUAUAAUACAUACAAUAUUUAAAAAUAAAACAAUUGCUCAAUUAAA